GGAGGGUGAGAGCAGGAAGGCUGUAGGGGAGGGAAGCUGAGAGAUCCUCCACAGGAGGGGGUCACAGCAGCUAGGGGCAUCUGCCAGGCUGGAGGUGUGGGCUGUCUAAGAAAGGGGGGUGUCACUGAUGUCCAGCAGGAGUCUUUGAUAGGUAGAGCCCACCACGGCACCCUGGGGAUUCUACCAUGUUCCUCUUCUCUAAUAAGACCAAGACCCCCAUCAGCACCUACACUGACUCCUACAGGGCUCCUACCUCCAUCAAGGAGGUCUAUAAGGACCCGCCUCUAUGGGCCUGGGAAGCCAACAAGUUUGUGACCCCGGGUCUGACUCAAACCAUGAAGCGCCACACAGAUCCUGAAGCCCUACAGAAGAUGGCCAAAUGUGCUACACAGGACUAUAGCUGUAAGAGUUCUAUGUCAGGCCACCCCUACUUGCCUGAGAAGUACUGGCUCUCUCAAGAGGAAGAAAACAAAUGCUGCCCAAGUUACCUGGGCAGUGACCCAUACUGCACUUGGAGGACAAGACCUUACAGCAGCUCCUACUGGAACAAGUAUACUACCUGCCUCCCUCGACUGCCUAAGAGCUUGAGAUGGCAUGCGUGCCACUUCCAGGAGGCCGGGAUGGAGACAGCAGUUCGAGGAAUGCCUUUGGAGUGCCCUCCGAAGCCGGAGCGCCUCAAUGCCUAUGAGCGCGACGUCGUGGUGAACAUGCUGAACUCGCUGUCCCGGAACCGGACGCUGCCGCAGAUCACGUCCCGUUGCGGAUGCGUGGAGCCGCUGCCCGGCCGCCUGCCGUUCCAAGGUUACAAGAGCGCCUGCUCGGGCCGCCACUACUGCCUGCGCGGGAUGGACUACUGCACCCCCGGGCCGCCGUGCACCGAGCGCCGCCACCUGCGGGCUCUGUGCCCAGAGCAGCCGACUGAGCACCGGCCCGGAAUGCAUUGUGCUGUUACAACUGCCCCGCCGUCAUAUUACCCAUAUCCGAACCUUAGAUGGGACACAAGUCACUUCAAGAAGACUGGUGGUCCCCAGAGAAACAACUAUGUUGUCCACCCAGAGUUUGUGUCCGAGACUUAUCCCAACUACCAUUGCUGGUAGAGCCUGG